AUGGAUAUGUCUCCGACUGAUGUUGCCAGAGCCAUUAAUUUAAUCCAGGAUGGACGGUCACAGUAUUACAUGGCAAGUGUUUUAAACGUCACAAGAAGUAAAGUACAAAGGGUAUCAUCAAUCGGAGACAUUUUUAAAACUAACCAUCAACCUAAAAUUUUGGAAUCCAUAAAAAAUAUACCCGCAGUUCAACACGAUGUUAAACUUUUGGUAAAUCAGUUUACUUUUAAUAGCUUACCAUUUUACGAUUAUGUUAAGUUUAAUAACGUUGAAUUUACCACACCAAAACCUAAUAUUCAAAGUCAACAUAUUGAUGUUCAAAAAUCUCAAAGUAUUGUUCAAAAUGUUGUUAGUCAAAAACCUUUGCGAAAAGUAAUAAAGUCUAUAAUAUUUUUAGAUUUAAUUUAUAAAGGUAAAGGAGAGGUAAAGGGACUCACUCAAGAGCAAAAAGACCACAUGAAGGCGGUCCACAAGAAAUGCCAAGAAGACCCCAAGACCACAGCCGACGAGGACUUGGUCAAAAAAGUGCGCGACGGCAUCUUCACCGAAGACGAAAAAGUCAAAAUCCACAUGCUCUGCAUGCAACAAGGCUUCAACAUCAUCACCGCUGACGGCAAAGUGAACGAGGAGAAACUCAAGAGCAAAUGGGCCGACCAUUUCGACGCCGACAGCCAAGCAAAGUUGCAAAAGUGUUUGGUCAACAAGGACACUGCCGUAGAGACCUCCUGGGCUUUGUUGAAGUGCGAAUGGGAUGUCGUUGGUGAGCAAAUCAAGGCUCAUCGUGACGAACACGAUCACCAUCACCAUUAA